AUGUUCCCACCAAAUGCACCGCCUACGGAUUUCAAGCCGGGCAUGAUUGCACUUCUCCCAACCUUUCACGGAUUAGAGAAUGAGAAUCCAUAUGUACACAUUCAGGAGUUUGAGGAGGUGGUGGCCACCUUUUACAGCCGUACUGAGGCCGCAAACAUUGUUAGAUUGAAGUUUUUCCCUUUCUCUCUGAAGGACAAGGCCAAAAGCUGGCUAUAUUCUCUUAGGCCCAAGUUUAUUGGUACGUGGGAAGAAAUGACGAUGACAUUCUUCAACAAGUAUUUCCCACACCAUAAGACUAACAAUUUGAAACGACAGAUCUCAAAUUUCGCUCAGAAGGAAAAUGAAACUCUCUAUCAAGCUUGGGAGCGUUUUAACGAUCUGUUAAAUCUGUGUCUCCACCAUGAAUAUGAAAGUUGGCGCCCUGUAAGCUAUUUCUACGAAGGACUCACAAUCCGAGAGCGCCAAUUUGUUGAGAUGAUGUGCAAUGGAGAUUUUCUCCAGAAGGAUCCUAACGAAGCUAUCGAGUACCUGAAUGAGUUAGCUGAGAAAGCUCAUACUUGGACUGGACUGAGUGCUACUGAGAGCACUAGUAGGUCCCGACCAGCUAGAGUUUAUCAAUUGAUGGAAGAGGAUAGCCUCAAGGCCCAAGUUGAAGCUUUGACAAAGCAAAUUGAGACCCUUAAAAGUAAAGAUAGUAAAGGCCCCAACAUGGUGGCAAGGACAGAGGCACAUGAGCCUUGUUCAGUUUGUGGUGGAAUGGGCCAUCUAGCUCAGGAUUGCCACACUUUAAGUGAAAUGAGAGGGGUAUACGAGGAGCAGUGCAAUGCUUUGGGCGUAUACGGAAAACCAUAUACACCUUUCUCGGAGACUUAUAAUCCUGGUUGGAAAAACCACCCGAAUUUCAGUUGGCGAGAUUCGAAUCAACAUGCACAAUCAUCUGGAAGGCAAUGGAGAUCAGAGCAACAAUCUCAACCACCAAGGACAUAUUUUGCACCUCAGAAUAACAUGCAGCCGAAAGGGAAUUCUCUAGAGGAUACCCUAAAAGCUUUUAUGGACACGCAAAAUAAGACGAAUCAAAGAGUUGAUUCAACGCUCACGCAGCUGGUGGAGGAGAACAAGGAAAUAAAAAGUCAGAUCACAAAGCUGACAGAAGCUUUAACCGUUCAAGAGCGCGGUAGAUUUCCAUCACAAGCCCAGUCCAAUUUGAGAGGACAACACAUGGCUCAAACUUCCAACUUUGAAGGUCAAAAUAUCAAGGAAGUUAAUGCCAUCUCUAUUCGAAGUGAAAAUCAAAGUGAGAUCCUAGAGCACUUGACACAAUUGAAGAUCAAUCUUCCGUUACUACAUGUGAUCAAGCAAGUGCCGGCCUACGCUAAGGUUAUCAAGGAUCUGUGGACCAUAAAGAGAAAGCACCACGUCAAGAAGACUACAUUCUUGACGGAACAAGUGAGCGCGGUGAUUGAGCAGAAGACACCGCCGAAGUAUAAGGAUCCAGAGAUUAAGCCCACAUCUGUGGUUCUGCAACUGGCCGAUAGAUCCAUUAAGAGACCACGGGGAAUAGUAGAAGACGGUCUGUUACAAAUCGACAGGUUUUAUUACCCCGUGGAUUUUCUUGUCUUGGAUACACAAUCCGUGGUGAAUAUGGCGUCAUCCAUUCCCAUCAUUCUAGGAAGACCUUUCCUUGCCACAGUAAACGCACUUAUCAAUUGUAGAAAUGGUCUCAUAAAGAUAUCUUUCGAGAAUAUGGCCCUUGAGGACAGAGGAACCAAGUUUGGGUCACUAUGUUUUCUGGAGCUCCCAACAGAAGGAGAAAAACCGAAAUCAUCCACCGAGGAGGCUCCAAAAGUCAAGCUAGCCCAACCACCUGAGGGCUUAAAACAUGCAUUCUUGGGAGAUAUAGACAUAUUCCCAGUCAUCAUCUCAUCUAAACUCGAUCCAUUGCAAGAACAACGAUUGAUCGACAUGCUGAAAGAGCGCAAUUCUAGGAUCAAGGUAAAAAUGAAAGUGGCUCAUGACAAGCAGAUCCUAAGGAAGAAUUACUUAGAGCGGGUGAACCAGGUGGAAGAGAUCAUUCUCGACGACCCCGUUUACUAG